AUGCACGGUUUAAUUCACACAUUGCUUCCUCGAGAGGAUGAUAAUGGAGCCUCUCAUGGCCGACGGGCAUUGGUUGUGACUGCAGUACUGACAGCCAUCUCCACUGUCAUUGUUGCAAUGCGGUUCUAUGCGCGACUUGGAUUGAUGAAAAUUACCGGUCGUGAAGAUUGGGCUAUUCUAAUAUCAUUAAUGUUUUCCCUUAUUUAUCUCGCACUCGUCGCUGCCCCAUGGGCGUUCACUCAGAACUUCUUCCCAGUCAUAUCUUGCAGCAACAACUUAAGUUUGUGGGCUGCAAUUCCCAUGUACAACGCCAGCUUGGCAUUCACCAAAUUCUCCAUUCUUUUCCAAUAUCUCCGCAUCUUUCCCGGCAAACCUUUCCGCCUCGCCUGUUAUUUCAUGACGGCAGUCGUGGCUACCUACUCAUCAUGGGCAAUUGUGAGCGGCUUCGUGAACUGUGUCCCCGUUGCUAAAUUCUGGAACAAGGAUUUGCCAGGCAACUGUCUCAACUUUGAGGCUGUCUGGUUCUUCAAUGCUUCUAUGAACAUCACAACCGACAUUGCACUACUGAUAUUGCCCAUGCCACUACUUUCAAAGCUACAACUACCCCGCACGCAGAAGAUCGCCCUAAUCGGAGUCUUUGCCAUGGGUAUUUUGGUCGUGGUCACCAGUAUUCUGCGCUUGUCGAGUUUACGAGAAGUAGCAAAAAGCCCCGACACAUCCUACAGCAAUGUCGCAGCCGCCUACUGGACUGCCGCAGAAUGCAACGUCGCCAUUAUGUGCUCCUGUCUCCCAUUUUUACGACCCAUCAUCAGCCGCAUCUUCCCCAGACUUCUCUCGUCGGGUAGCACCAAUCGCUAUGGUGCCAACAAAACCACAUUGACAAACCUCACCGGAACUCGCACCAUGACCCGUCAUACGCAGCUGUUCACCCAGGAUCAUGAUAAGGACUAUGAUACGUAUUCGAUCAAUGUCCUAACUAAGUCUGGUAAUCACUCCAACCAUAGUUCCCUCGGCGGUAUCGAGGUUACCACCGAGAUGAGCGUUAUGCAGGAGGCGACUCCGACUAGGAGUAAUAGUGAUCGUAAGCUGGUUAUGGAUGCUUGA